AUGAUCAAUUCCACCCUUAGAAAUAUCCCCCGUCUGGCAUCCUCGUCUACAGCUCGCUGCUUUUCUACUUCGCGCGUUGCUGCCAAGGCCCAGUUUAACUGGGAAAACCCAUUCCGUCUCGAUACUCUGCUUACCGACGAGGAGCUCGCUGUAUCUCAGAGUGCGCGCGAAUACUGCCGCGACAAGCUUUACCCCCGUGUUUUGGAAGACUAUCGCAAUGAGCACUUUGACAAGAAGGUCAUGCGUGAGAUGGGUGAACUCGGCUUCCUGGGUCCUACUAUUGAGGGCUAUGGCUGCGCUGGUGUUUCCACUGUCGCUUAUGGUCUUAUUGCUCGCGAAGUCGAAGCCAUUGAUUCAGGCUACCGUUCUGCUAUGAGUGUCCAAUCUUCUCUCGUCAUGCUCCCUAUCAAUGAGUUUGGUACUGCUGAACAGAAGGAGCGCUUCCUUCCUAAGCUGGCCACUGGUGAACUCAUUGGCUGCUUCGGUCUCACUGAACCUAACCAUGGUUCAGACCCUGGUUCAAUGGAAACCACUGCCAAACCCCACCCCACAAAGAAAGGUGUUUACGUGCUCAAUGGUGCCAAAAACUGGAUCACCAACUCUCCUAUUGCUGACAUUGCUGUUGUCUGGGCUAAGCUCGAUGGCAAGAUUCGUGGUUUCAUUGUUGAACGUGAAAAGGUCGAAAGCGGUUCUGGUGGCCUCGCUACCCCUCAGAUCAAGCACAAGACUGCGCUGCGCGCUUCCAUCACUGGUAUGAUCCAGAUGAGCGAUGUUGAGGUUCCUGCCGAAAACAUGUUCCCUGAAAUUACCGGUCUUAAGGGCCCCUUCACCUGUCUCAACAGUGCCCGUUACGGUAUCUCGUGGGGUGCUAUUGGUGCUCUUGAGGAGUCUCUCAACCUUGCUCGCCAGUAUGCUCUCGACCGCAAGCAGUUUGGCAAGCCCCUCGCAUCAUUCCAGCUUAUCCAAAUGAAGCUUGCUGAGGCUCUGACUGAUGUUGCUUACGGCCAACUCGCGUCGCUGCAGGUCGGCCGCCUUAAAGACUCUGGUGAGGGCACCCCUGAGAUGAUCUCUGUUGUCAAGCGUCAAAACGUUGAGCGCGCUCUGUACCAUGCUCGCAAGCUUAUGGAGAUCUUUGGUGGUAACGGUGUCAGUGAUGAAUACCACAUUGGCCGUAUCGCACACAACCUGUUUGUUGUCCAGACAUACGAAGGCCAGAGCGAUAUCCACGCCCUGAUUCUUGGUCGUGCAAUCACUGGCAUCCAAGCCUUUGUUUAA